AAGCGGUGGUGUUAAAUGGGGACAAGUGCUGUUUGCUGGUUGUCGACGGCAUAAUUAUUCUGUUGUCAAUAAACGUAUAAAUACUUAUUACCAGCUUCUCGGCGUGUUUUUCCCAAAGCGACGCUGUGAACCGUAGUAAUUCUUUGUUGAGUGCUGCACCGCACCGAUUCUCCGGAUCUCACCGCUGUUGCUCCAAUAACAACAUCAUUGUGAUAAUUUGUUAGUCGCAUCUGAAGUAUAAUUUUGCACAAUCUAGGAUUCUGUUUGUCUUGUGCAACUUAACACCACGUUGCAUAUGCUUUUGAGAAAGCUGUUGACAGCUUUACACACGUGUUGAGGGAUUAUGGCGUUUAAAAAUUUUUUGAUUGGACUUGGAUUGAUUACCGGUGCGAUUUGCGCCGUCGUCCAGCCGGAUGAGGAAAGCACAGAGCGGAACAAACUGGAAACCGAAUGCGGCAAUCCAUCCGCCGCCAUUCUCCAAAUCUCCGGGCCUCCCUUGACCUCUGACCUUUACCCAUUCCGCACCGACGUCCUCUCCAAAGAAGAAUGCAACAGUUACGCGAAGAUCGCCUGCGGUGAUGGAAAAUACGAUUACUGCCGCACGGAUCUUGAUUGGGAGACCUCCAAGAUUUUCAAAUCGUACUACACCAUCGGCUGCGGAGCCGGCGGCGACCGUCCCUCCAUCACGACCUACACCAAAAAUGUGAGCCAGAUCAGCCCGAAUCGUGCCGUGGUGGUGGAGCUGCAAGAGCGCAACGACGCGAUGGAUCCGAUCGACAGCGACACCUUCGAGGCCAUCCGCAACCAGGUCAUCGAUCUCCGCAUUCGAAAAAGCGUCACCCCGCAGAUUACCUUCAAGAUCCGCAAUAUCGGUAACCUCCCGAAUCUGGUUAACCUGGAUAUCGCGCAGGGAUUGGGUUUGGUAGUGAAGAAGGACGAUUUCUCCAAUAUGCCGACGGUUAGAAUGAUCUCUUUUUCCGGAUCGACCAUCGCCGAUUUGGAUCCCUAUACAUUCACGGAUUUGCCGGAUCUCCUUAACCUAGCGCUGGAGCGACAUGUCGUCAUCGGGCUGGCGGCGUUGGAAGGUCAGCAGCUGUCGACGAUCCAAGUGCCGAAGUUGACAAAAACGGACCUGGAGCACAUUAAGAAGCUGCACUGUGAUUGCUCAUCGUCGUGGCUGCGAAAUCAUCUCAAGAGGAAGCCGUAUCUGACGGAUGCUAAGAAAAAGGGAGAGGUGGCGACCGUUGGAAACUAUUUCCUGCCGGCGGAGAACUGGAGCGCGUGGCCGGACAAUCUGAGAGUCGAUUGUAGCAAAGAAAUUGGUAGCAAGAAUGUCGCAGUGUAUGAUACUGAGUUCUCCUACCAGACCUCAUGCUACGAUCUGAUUUGUUAACUGUUAUUAGCCAGGUUGCCUUCUAUGUGCUUAUAAGUAUUGGAGUGUUAUUGAUUUAAUUUUCUUAUUAUUCAGAGCAUCUUUGAAACUCAAGUUUAGCGGGUCACAGAGAAACCGGUGUUAAAUAUGUUAUAUAAAUAUAACCGAA